AUGUCAAGUUUUAUUUCUGCUUAUGAAUUAGUUGAAACAAACACUGUAUUAAAUACAUCAAAUGAAUAUGAAGAUAUUAAUAGAACUGAAGACAAUAUUCAGCAAUAUAUAAAGAAAUCAAAAAUUCAAAAUACUGAGGCUUGUACACAAAAGUGGGUUGUGAAUGGAAAAUGUAUAGAAUUACAAGACCAAGAAUAUGGUAAAACUGAUAAAUCAAAAGAAUUAACAAAAAAAGAAAUUUGUCAAAUUUUAUUGUAUCUUAACUCAGAUGGAAACUUGAUUUUUAUAAUAAGACAUGAGAAAAACAAUCAGGGUGGACUUCAAGGUCAAAAUGAAUAUGGAAAAUUUUCUAGCCAACAUAUACAUAUUCCUGCAGAUUUGCCAAAUAAUGAAUUUAAAUCUAUACAAGAUCUUCAGAAAAGAAGGAUGACCAUUCAACUUUUGUCUGAUCUCAGUAUAAAUGAACAUAAAAUGAUAACAUUUUCAGGGCAUCAAUCAGUUAAUGGAUUAAGAUCUUACAAAGUUCCUAAUAACGAGCAACAACUAAAAAAUACUAGAAUAUUAAUUAAUGCAAUUCAAGAAUCUGAAGUUCUAAUUUCAACCCAAGAAGAAUUUCAAAUUCCUGUUCAAGUUCCAACCCAUGAAGAAACUCAAGUUCUGAUCCAAGAAGAUCCUCAAGAUCCAACUCAAAAAAAACACAAGUCCCAAUACAAAAUGAAUCUCAAGCUCCAAUGCAAUAUAAAAAUACCCAG